UGCAGCCUGAUUCACUCAUUCCUGAGCCUCAGAAACCCUCCUCCACCUGGCAAAUGGAGCUCCUGGGAGCAACAAGUGCUGUCCUCCUGGUUUGCAUUGCUUGCCUGCUCUCCUUCAUGGCAAGGAGAAAGAGGUCUGGAAAGGGGAAGAUGCCUCCUGGACCAGUUCCCCUUCCCAUUCUAGGGAACAUGUUGCAGGUGAAACCAAAGGACUUGGCCAAAACCCUCCACAUGCUCGGUGAAAAGUAUGGGCCAGUGUUCACAGUGCACCUGGGCUCAGAGCCUGUGGUGGUGCUGUACGGAUACGAUGUGAUGAAAGAAGCCCUGAUUGAUCGUGCAGACGAGUUCGCUGUCAGAGGACAUAUGCCGAUAGGAGACAGGGCUAACAACGGUUUAGGUAUUAUUUUCAGCAACAACGAGGAGUGGUUACAAGUCCGGCGAUUUACUCUCAGCACUCUGCGUAACUUUGGGAUGGGGAAGAGGAGCAUUGAGGAGAGGAUCCAAGAGGAAGCUGAGUUCUUGCUGGAAGAGAUCACCAAAACAGAGAGAAUGCCAUUUGACCCGACUUCCAUGCUGAGUUGUGCUGUCUCCAAUAUCAUAUGCUCCAUUCUCUUUGGGAACCGAUAUGACUACAAAGACAAGAAGUUCCUGGCCCUGAUGGACAACAUGAAUAGCAUCUUUCAGAUGGCGAACUCCUACUGGGGACAGCUCUACCAGAUGUUCCCAAAGAUCCUGGAUUACUUGCCUGGACCUCACAACAAAAUAUUUGCUGAAUUUGAUAUUCUAAAAGCCUUUGUGUCAGAGGAGGUGAAGAAACACCAAGCUUCCCUAGAUCCCAGAUCCCCUCAGGAUUUCAUAGACUGCUUCCUCAACAAAAUGCAGGAGGAGAAGGAGCGUGCCAAUUCCAAUUUCCACUUGAAGAACCUAAUCACCAGCAGCUUUGACUUGCUCAUUGCUGGAACCGAGACAACUAGCACCACCAUAAGAUAUGGACUUCUGCUUCUUCUCAAAUACCCAAAAAUACAAGAGAAAGUUCAGGAAGAGAUCGACCAGGUGGUAGGACGAGCACGAAGACCCUGUGUGGCUGACCGGACCCAGAUGCCCUACACAGAUGCUGUGGUCCAUGAGAUCCAGCGCUUCAUCGCCCUCGUUCCCCUGGGUCUUCCUCAUGCUGUGACCAAAGACACCCACUUCAGAGAGUAUGUCAUUCCCAAGGGAACCACAAUCUUUCCCCUUCUCGAUUCUGUCCUCUACGACAGUAAAGAGUUUGUAAACCCCAAAGAGUUUAACCCCGGACAUUUCUUGAAUGAGAACGGCACCUUUAGGAAGAGCAAGUUCUUCAUACCAUUCUCAGCAGGGAAGCGAGCAUGCCCUGGAGAGAGUCUGGCCCGCAUGGAGAUAUUCUUACUCAUAGCCACCAUCUUGCAGAACUUCACCUUGAGGCCUGUUGUCAAUCCUGAGGAAAUCAGCUUAACCCCAACAUUGAGUGGAACAACAAACAUACCUCCUGUUUACCAGCUCUGUGCUCUCCCUCGCUGAAGGAUUCAAAACCUCUCUCCACUCAUUCCUGAGCUUGGCUAUUCCCUUACAUCUCCCUUACUAAAAAACAAUGGUAGAAACAUGGGCACACCUUCCCAAAUCACAGAAUCACAAAGAAUGGUUGAGGUUGGAAGGGACCUCUGGAGAUCAUCUAGUCCAACCUCCUCCCACUCCAGCAGGGCCAUCUAGAGCACAUUGUCCAGGAUCACAUCCAGACGGGUUUUGAAUAUCUCCAGGGAAGGAGACUCCACUACCUCUCUGGGCAACCUGUUCCAAUGCUCUGUCACCCUCACAGUAAAGAAGUUUUUUCUC